AUAAACACUGAAACAGAGAAUGAGAGAUCAUCAUCAUGGCUUGGUGCUCACAUAACGAAAAGGAUCAAAUUCCGUCCCGUGUUUCGAAGUGGAAAAAAUGUAAAGCGAUUGAAAAACUCGGAGUAUUUUAUGCUCAAUGUGCAUAUGCAGAUCCAAACGAUAUUUUAGAAAAGUUAAAUAAUAAGUUGACGAACAAAAGGCAGAUUUCGCCUCCAUCAGAGAGCAUGGCGCGAAUAAAGGAAUUUCUAAUGGAGUAUGUGAAUUUUAAUAUUGCUGAUGAUGAAAAGAGUCUGAGGAUCAACUCUGAAUUGACUAGGAGACACGUAACAAACGUUGAAGCGUGCAUGCAGAGGUUAUCAUCCCUCAACAUUUGUGAAUAUAUGCAGAUAAAGGGCAUUCAGGAUCAUGAAUUGGAAUUUAAAAGAUAUUUUGGCUGGUACAGUCAUGAAUUCAUCUGGGUAAAAGGACCAUGUAAUGGCAAUUUUGAAAGACUCCUGAUAAAAGUGUAUGCCAAGUCUCAAGAUUUUUUGGAGAUGAUGACCAAGUUUUUAAAAAUGAUGUUGCUACCUAUCAGGCCAUAUAAAAGUGCAUACACAGAGCUAAUAAGACAUUUUUCAAAUAUGUGUGAUCUGUCAUCAGUUCCAGGAGAUAGCUUUCAACGAUUAAUCAUUCUGCAAGAUCAGGCCUUUCUUUGUCUGCCAGAUAUCAGAUUUUUCCAAGAAAAACCAGAGUCAGAUCUAAGAGAUAUUUUGGUCUCUACAGUUGCUACGUGUGAAAGGAAAAAUUUGUUGAAUCCAGAGACCAAUUUCAACAUAGAAAAAGCAGUAGAUGACAAAUUACUUGUUGAACAUGGUGGAGGGUUGCUCAUAGAAAGCCCAUAUUCCUUCUUCCAACCACAUGUUCUUGGAAGUUUAUGCUUAAAAACUGAGAUGCUGUUUACAUUUUUGGAGAUUGAUAUGCAGCAUUUUGACAAACUGGUGUGUAAUGAAGACUUAACAUCAGAGAAAGCUUAUAUCUUCUAUACUAAACCAUACAACAUAAUGAUUGCAGAGGACAGAGCUGUCCUGCUCGAUUUAUUACUGAGGCUGUCUGUCUUUCAAAGAAGGGAUCAGUAAUUCAAAGCUUACCCAAUGUUCAUUGCUCAGCCUUGGACAAGGGUUGUUGUGGACCUGGAUUCUGAUGCAUGUCAUGUAAUAAUUCAGGAGAAAGUAAUUCUUAAACAUAUAUAUAUUGACAUAAGACUAAUACCAAAUAAAAAAAUAUGUGUGGUUCCGGUUACCCAACCGUCCCUAUUUUAUACCCCCGACCCUAAACUUUUUUUCAGCAAUUUUCAUAUUUUUUCCGGAAUUUUCCCAGAUUUCUAUCAAUGGCUCUGGUUUAAGCUUUAGUUUCAGCAAUGACGGCCUCCUUGCAAAACAUAGUGCAAGUGUUUAAUAGUGUUGAAUCCAAAGCAAGCUAGCAUGUAGGUGUCCCCUACCAAUAUUGACUAGUAUAUUAUCACACCACAUCUAAAUGCCACUUGCAAAGGAGUGAUAAGUAUUAUUUAGAAAAAAUAAGAAAAUCAUUUUGUUUUAAAAAAAAGAUCCUACCUACCUACCCUAAUUUUUUUGGAGGUAAAACUGGAACCACACAUAAUUCUUUGUUUGGCCUAAGGGUUAUUUUCAAAAUGCCAAGCAUAUGGAACGGUAAAAAUAAUGGCCACCAUGAUUAUGAAUACAACCAGAUUCAGUGUCCAAUUCCAUUCUAUGUGACUUUUGCAAUCCAUGAAGUGUAGUGACUAGCACUGGUCUAUCAGUGAUAAAAUCAUGAUUUUCUUUG